AUCGGUGGAUAUCGGGAAAAUAUGAAUGUCCCAUUUUUAUUACUAAUUAUAAAUUUAAACUCGUCAAGCACUGGACUGAGGUGCAAUAAACCUCUCCUCCCUCACUCCACUCUCCGGGGUAAUGUUUUCACACAUUUUUGACAGCAUGGAAGGUGUAUAUUCAAUAUCUUUGGUUGAGAACGUAAAAAUCUUAGGUUAGAACUCUGCCGUUUUAGACUUACAGUAGUGUUAACUACCACAAGGAUAAUUUUCAUUAACCCUACUUUAACAAAAUUUAAGGUGACCACAAUGUCGACUUUGGAAUAUUCGAAAGCACUCGUUGCACGGGGAAGAUCAUCGUGGAAAAACGUCCACAACUGUAAACUGUGCCCCUAUUUUACAACAUCGAUUUUAUGUAUGGUGAACCACGUGCGAGGACAUCGCUCAUCUUUGGAAAAAUUUGCAUGCUCUGAAGCCAAAAUCGAAGCGUAUUAUUGUAAAGACUGCGAUUUUAAAACGGAUCUAACGAUUCCGUUCAAACAACACAUUAACAAACAUCAUGGCCUUAAGAGUGAAUCUAGAGAGGAUCUGUCGAUCGAGGACUUCACCAUACAAAACUACGUUUGUGAAAGAUGCGCCUUCGAAACAAAUUCCUUGAUAAAUUGUGUUCAACAUACUUCAACAUGCACGGAAAGGAAAGGAAAUAUUCAAAGUCUGAGUUCUCCCAGCCAGAAUGUUACAUACGAAGAAAAUAUUGAAUGGCUCCAGUGCGAAAAAUGUUCUUUCAAAACUGAAUUCAAACAAAGUUUUAAAAAACACAUGUAUAACUUACACUCGCGGGCAGAAGACGUUAAAUGGUUCCAAUGCAAAGAGUGUCCAUUCAAAUCUAAGUAUAAGACAUCUUUAAAGAGCCACUACAAUGUGAAACAUGUAGAGGAAGAAAAAAUUGAAUGGCAUGAAUGCGAAAAGUGCCCGUUCAAAAGUAAACACUCCUCGACAUUAAGAUAUCACGUGAUUUGUCAACAUUUGAGUGAAGAAGAAGUUAAGUGGUUCAAAUGUGCAAAGUGUUUGUAUAAAACUAAAAGAAGAACUAAUUUAAAAGUGCAUAUAAGUGCUCGCCAUUCAACUAGCAAAUUACUUCAGCAAGCCGAUCGUAAGCAGUACAAAUGUGAACAGGAUGCUCAAUGGCUCCAGUGCGAAAAAUGUCCUGUCAAAACUAGAUCAAAAAAAUAUUUAAUAAACCACAUGAGUAACGUACACUCGCAGGCAGAAGACGUUAAAUGGUACGAAUGCAAGGAGUGUCCAUUCAAAUCCAAGUAUAAGGAAUCUUUAAACAACCACUUCAAUGUAAAACAUCUAGACAAGGAAAAAAGUAAGUGGCACGAAUGCGAAAAGUGCCCGUUCAAAACUCAACAUCGCUCGACUUUAAGGUAUCACGUGAUAUGUCAACAUUUGAGCGAAGAAGAAGUUACGUGGUACGAAUGUGAGAACUGUUUGUAUAAAACUAAAAGAAGAAAUAAUUUAAGACUGCAUAUAAGUGCUCGUCAUUCAGAUAUCAAAUCACUUCAGCAUUCCGAUCGUGAGCGGUUCAAAUGUGAACAGGAUGCUGAAUGGCACAAGUGCGAAAAAUGUCAUUUCAAAACUAGAUCAAAAAAGAAUUUAAAAAAGCACAUGAAGAACUUACACUUGCGGGCAGAAGACGUUAAAUGGCACGAAUGCGAAAAGUGCCCUUUCAAAACUAAACUCGCAUCGACUUUAAAAUAUCACGUGAUUUCUCAACAUCUGGAUGAAGAAGAAGUUAAGUGGUACGAAUGUACGAACUGCUCGUAUAAAAGUAAAAGGAAAGAUCAUUUGAAAGAGCAUAUAACUGUUCGCCAUUCAGAAAUCAAAUCAUUUCAGUGCGAAUAUUGCCCAUAUAAGGCGAAAUGCAGUAGAUAUGUAACGAUUCAUAAAAAUAGCCGCCAUUUGGAUGAAGCGGAUGCUAAAUGAUACAAAUGCGAACAUUGUUCUUAUAGAGUUAAAAAUCGGUCAGUUUUUUAUAAGCACAAAAAAAUACAUGCGUAGGAUUUAAUUUUGUAUAAUUUUGCUGUAGUAGCAUU